AUGGAUAAACAUGCUUCAGAUUACAUAAAGCGAAUGGCUGAUGAGGCCAUCUAUGAGCAAAGUCCUUACAUGCAAUAUACAAAGAGCACGGAACGAAAAGCACCUGUAGCAAGAUCACAUAGUUUUACCCAACAUACAUUCAAAAUGCCCCAUUAUUGCGACUACUGUCGGAACUUCAUGUGGGGUCUAGUGCAGCAGGGAGUGCGAUGUGAAGACUGUGGCUUUGCUGCUCACAAACGAUGCUCGGAGCACACGUUGCCAGACUGCCGGCCUGAAGCUCGUUAUGUGAAGAGGAUGUUCGCGGUAGAUCUCACCACGUUAUGCUUGGCUCAUUCAACGCCCAUACCACCUGUGGUGACCAAAUGCAUUCAGGAGGUAGAAGCUCGCGGACUCAACGUAGAAGGUAUAUAUCGAGUUUCUGGGUCGCACGAUCACAUGGAAAAGUUGAAAAGGCAGUUUGAUUCACAGCAAGCGGUGGACUUGAAUCAGGUGGACGAUAUUCACACCGUAUGCGGUUUGCUGAAACUGUACCUGAGGUUGUUACCGCAACAACUUGUCCCAUUUAGCGUUUACAAAGCUCUGCUCUCAGCUUUCGCGAAUGCACGAAGUGUGCAUGAGAAGACGAGGGCAUGCAGGAAAGCGCUGGAGGAGCUCUCAGAAGCGAACGCCGUGACAUUAAAUGCUUUGCUGAUUCAUUUACGAAAGGUAGUUUUCCUGUUUGUAAUUUUUCAUGUCCCUAAAACUAAUAUGUCGCAGGUU